CACAACCAUCAGGAUGGACGCAAAUCAAAGCUCCAAGAAGCGAAAGCUUCCGCCUACCCCAUCCCAUCCCUUGGUAGGCAUCUCGACCCGCAGGAAAUCUCAGAUCCAGCUCCACCGCACAUUGCACAACAACGAUUCCUCUUAUCCCCUCAAAAACGAUCUCCGUGUCCUGAUCAAGGAUCUCCGCACUAGACGGGUCUUUUCGCCCAAAUCAAUUGCCUCGUAUGGUCCGAAUCUCCACGAAAAUGUAAAUAGUAUUCAGAAAUUAGGCGUCGCUGUUGAGAAUUUAGAUCAAGGGAUUUCUUGCGGAGGCGGUGAGAAUAUGGAGAAAAAAAACUUGGUGUUGUCUUCUGCUGUGGAGGAGUUCCGAUUGGAUGAACAUAAUGGGGUUUAUCCAUAUAAUGAUGAAAGUGAAGAAGUUCAGAAAUUUGAUUUUGGGAUUUCUUGUAAAACCCAGGAUUUGGUUGGUGUGAAUCCUAGUUCGUUGGCGACCGAAGGAAAUGGACUAAAGGGUGAUUCGGAAGAUAAUGGUGUAGAUGAUGGUGAAAAUGAUGGGCUUCCGAAGGGAACUGGUGAUUUGAAUAAAUGCGAUUUUCAGACGACGCCGCCUGAUUCUGAGGCAUUUGGUAAUGGGCAUGCUAAUGAAAAAGGAGGGAAGCCUCCAAUUGGAAGUACUCAAAGAAUUGAUACGUGCGUUGGACGGGCUUUUGGUAACGACUAUAAUGAGAAGAAGAAUGACUCAAUUUCUUCCUUCAAGUCGGUGCUCAAACCAUGUUCUAGACGGAAGCUAUUCAAAACUCCUGGUUCAUUUAGCUAUAAAAGAAUGCUUCCUUUUCUGAUGGACAUCGACAAAGACAAUUCUUAUAUUCCAGAAAGUGCUGAGUGCCCAAAACUGGUGAAGUGUUUGGGACAAAAGUUGCUCCAACCAAAAUUGGGUUCUAAUGGUCAAGAAGCUGCCAUGCAUAAAUGUAUUACAAACAGCUGUUCAAUGGAGUGUUACACUGCUGACUCUGAUGUAUGUACGGACACCAUAUCAACACCAUGA